AUGACGACUGUAACAAUUCCUGGGUCAUUAGUAAACAAGCGGAAAAAACAUUUUCUUGGAAUGCCAGCACCAGCUGGUUAUGUGGCUGGCGUAGGUCGUGGUGCAACUGGAUUUACAACUCGUUCCGAUAUUGGACCGGCUAGAGAUAGCACUGAUUUACCCGAAUUACCCCCUGCUGGUGCAGCAAAAAAACCUCGUGAUGAUGAUGAUGAUAAAAAAGAUGAUACCGAAGAUUUAAAUGAUGCGAAUUAUGAUGAGUUUGAAGGAUAUGGUGGUAGCCUUUUUUCAAAAGAUCCAUAUGAAAAAGAUGAUGAGGAGGCUGAUGAAAUUUACAAAGCAGUUGAUCAACGAAUUGAUGAAAGGCGGAAAGAAUAUCGCGAAAAAAAGUAUAAAGAAGCGAUUGAAAAAUAUAGAAAAGAGCGACCAAAAAUCCAGCAAGAAUUCUCAGAUUUAAAGCGACAACUCUCUAGCGUUACUGAAUCGGAAUGGUCUGCGAUUCCUGAAGUCGGUGAUGCACGAAAUAAGGCUAAACGUAAUCCGCGAGCUGAUAGAAUUACGCCUGUACCAGAUUCAGUUUUGGCUUCAGCUAUGGCAUAUGGGCAUCUAAGCACUCAUAUCGAUUCUCGUGUUCAGUCUGGUCUAGUGACUCCUUUGGGUGCUGGAAUCACUUCAACUUUUAGUGGUAUUAGCUCAACAUUUGGAAGCUUUGGAUCGGGAUAUCUGACAUCACUGAGUGGCAUUAAAACAAGUUUACUGGCACCUGGUUGGAAAACCGGAAUUCAGUCGGGAAGUGGCUCAUCAGCCGAUCUUGAUUUAAGAAAAAUUGGACAGGCCAGAAAUGCAAUUAUGGAUAUCAAAUUAAAUCAGGUUUCGGAUUCUGUCACGGGUCAAACAGUGGUCGAUCCUAAAGGUUAUCUUACUGAUCUUCAGUCGAUGAUACCACAGUAUGGUGGUGACAUUAAUGAUAUCAAAAAGGCUCGAUUACUUUUGAAAUCUGUACGGGAAACGAAUCCUCGUCAUCCUCCAGCCUGGAUUGCGUCAGCUCGUUUGGAAGAGGUGGUUGGAAAAUUACAAGUUGCUCGAAAUCUUAUUAUGGAAGGGUGUGAUCGUAAUCCGAAGAGUGAAGAUUUAUGGCUCGAAUCUGUUCGAUUGCAUCCUCCCGAGACUGCAAAAUCUAUUGUUGCAUCUGCGGUCAGAGCUUUACCAAAUUCCGUACGUAUUUGGAUGAAAGCUGCUGAUAUAGAGGAAGAUACAAAAGGUAAAAGGAAAGUAUAUCGUAAAGCACUUGAACAAAUACCUACUUCCGUUCGCCUUUGGAAAGCAGCUAUUGAACUUGAAGAACCAGAAGAUGCAAGAAUAUUACUGACUAGAGCUGUUGAAUGUUGCAGUACAUCUACCGAACUUUGGCUUGCACUUGCUCGUCUUGAAACAUACGAAAAUGCUAGAAAAGUACUAAAUAAAGCCAGAGAGCAUAUACCAACUGAUCGUCAAAUUUGGAUAAGUGCGGCUAGGCUGGAAGAAACGAGAGGUCAGAGUGAAAUGGUGGACAGAAUAAUUGAAAGAGCCAUAACUUCUCUUAAAGCAAAUAUGGUUGAAAUUAAUCGUGAACAUUGGCUGAAAGACGCAGUUGAUGCUGAAAAAGCUAACUGCAAAUUGACUUCUCAAGCGAUAAUUUCGCAUGUUUUGGGAGUUGGUGUUGAGGAAGAAGAUCGAAAACAUACUUGGUUGGAGGAUGCUGAAUCGUUUGUUGCUAGAGAUGCAUUCGAAUGUGCAAGAGCUGUUUAUGCACAUGCCUUGCUUGUCUAUCCCAAUAAAAAGAGUAUAUGGUUUGCUGCAGCACAUUUUGAACGUAACCAUGGAACUAUGUGUGUGGAUUUUUUUUUUAAAGGCCAUUCCCAGUUGGGCUCUGUUAGCUUGUCAGACAGCGAAAGUUACGAUCAGUUAUUAUCGAAAGCAGUCGAAAAAUGCCCGAAAGCUGAAACGCUUUGGUUAAUGUAUGCUAAGAGUAAAUGGAUGGCAGGUGAUGUAAGAGGAUCAAGAGAGAUUUUAGCAAGAGCCUUCCAGUUAGAAUCAGAAAAUAAUGAAUAUCAGCGAGCUCGAAAGCUUUUAGAAAAAGCUCGUGAAAUCGCUCCCUCACCACGUAUUUUCAUUAAAUCAGUGAGAUUAGAAUGGUGUCUAAGGGAUUUAGAAGCAGCUAAAAAACUUCUCUUACGAGCUUUAGAUGACUAUUCGGAUACUUCGAAACUUUAUUUAAUGAUGGGUCAGAUUUUAUCACAGGAGAAGAAUUUCGAAGAAGCUCGAAAAUAUUUCACUGAAGGAGUAAAGCGAUGUCCGUCGAAUAUCCCAUUAUGGAUUUGGCUUACUCGUUUAGAGGAAUCACUGGGUCAUAUAACUAAAGCACGAUCUCAUCUAGAAAAAGCACGUUUGAAAAAUCCAAGAAAUCCCGAUCUAUGGUUAGAGUCAAUUCGAUUAGAAGCUCGAGCUGGUCUUGAAGAAUUAGCGAAAGAAAGAUUGGCUCGUGCGCUGCAGGAAUGUGAACAUUCAGGAAAAAUUUGGGCCGAAGCAAUUUUCAUGGAAGAUCGUCAUGCAAGGCGGACGAAAUCAGUGGAUGCAUUAAAAAAAUGCGAGCACAAUGCGGAUGUUCUUCUUGCAGUUGCAAAACUUUUUUGGACUGAACGAAAAAUAAAAAAGGCUCGAGAAUGGUUCCAACGCACUGUGAAAAUAGAUGCAGAUUUUGGCGAUGCUUGGGCCUAUUUCUAUAAAUUUGAAUUGUUACAUGGAUCCGAGGAAGAGCAGGAAUUUGUGUUGAAAAAAUGUAUUCAGGCAGAACCUCGACAUGGUGAACUUUGGCAGUCAGCAUCGAAAGAUGUUGAAAACUGGCGAAAACGACCUGAAGAGAUUGUUAAACUACUUGCUGCCAAACUUGAAAUUCCUCGAUGA